AUGAGUGGUGGAAGUCGGCAAAAGAUAUUAGAAAUCAACGGGUGUGAUAAAAUCUCGCUACCGUUCGUGAAGUUCCCGCCAUUCAAACUGCGAGCAGCAAUGGUUGAGAAAGAUCCGGUUAUAUGGCUACAUUUGCUCGAAACUUAUAACCAAUAUUUCGCUUAUUUGAUGUGCGAAGGUCGACUGGAGUUACUGGACGAUUCCACUUACGAAAAUAUGUGUCUGUUUGUGCGACAAUAUUUGCGAGAGCUGUCGGACGAAGAGGGCAAACUUUUAAGUCUUGGGAUGAACAAUGAUGUGCAGGAGCAGUUGCAACUUCUGAGAAGAUGGAUUCUAGCCCUAGUGAAGGAUUGUGGCUUGUUGCAUCUACAGAUUUCGUGUGACACUUUAUGGGACUUUGUGAAGCUGUAUGCGAGAGAUAAUCCAGCAACCGUGCGUUCAUUGGUUCAAGGAACUCUGAAGCCUAAAAUCAACACCCAAAAAGCACAUCUUAACAGAACGUAUCAGCUGCACCAGCAUCUGAAGCAACUUGUAGAUAAUUCCAGGUUUUCAAGAGUGGAUCUCAAAGCUCUGGAAAGUCUUCUAUCAGACAAAGAAAGAAAACGAGCAAACUCUUUUGCAAACCAAUUUCUCACUGCAAAAUGGGCCGAAACCCUGGAAUCUUGGUUCAAACAAGACUCAAAGUUUAUAAUAGCCAACGCCAAGAAUCUAGGUAUUCUGACAUAUGUUUGCGCAUCUGAGAACAGGAUAGUCGAGGUGAUGUCAGAAUUGAACGUCAACACUUUGGAAACUCUUCAACUAUACCCUUUGAUGGCAUCUUUACUGCUAAACAAUUCAUCAGCGAGACACCCAACGGGCCUCAGAUCAAAACUGCCGUUCCUAAGACCGCUGUUAGAAAAUAAAAUCGAAGCACGUUCGCUCACCAUCAAAUCAGAAGACGUCCUCAUCAUUUCAGAACUCUUUCCGUCUUUGACCCAAGGCCAGAUCGUAAAAAGACUCCAGGUUUUUCAUGGGAAUGUAGACCGGACAAUUGAAAGCCUUUUCGAUGACCCACUGGAAGCUGAGGAAGAAUUGACAUACGGAGCGCCUGUUCCAUCAACUGUAAAAGAUUUGAAGACAACAGAAUUUCAAAGCGAGCUCAAGAAAAGUGAUAGGGUUUCAAAGGAGACAGUCAGUGUAGAUCAUGUUCCCGAUGAGGUGAGAAACAAGACGUUGACCAGAGCUCUUUCACUUCUAUAUCAAGCCGACGAAGACGAAAAAGACGAUACAUACGAUGAUGCAGAAGCUCAACCAAUGGCGGUUCCAGAUGAAGGGAGCAAAUCAAAUAGCGAGAGCUCAUACGAAAAAGCGGAAGGUUACUUAUGGGAACUUCUAAAGGACAACAAAACCCUCUUUGAGAGGUCUGGCAGAGGCUCAAAAACUAGAAAAGACAUGAAGUUCACGACUUCUUGGUCUGACGAACAGAUUGAAGGCUGGGCGCGCAUGUUGGAACGAAGUCCAAAACGAGCUCAAGUGCUCGAAGAAAAGUACAUGUUCAAGGGGAACGUUCGCACUGGAAAGAGAGCGUUUGUCCAAAACAGAAAUGGCUCCGGAGAUGAUAGAAAUAAUAGCCACGUUUCGAAAGACGAUCAAAAGACACAGCCCAGAAGAGCACUGGCAAAUGGUCCUGGAAACAAACCCCGACAAAACGCUAAGAAGGAGAAGAACAAAGCAUCUAGGGCCAACCAUAAUAGGAAAACCGGACACGAUAAAAAAAUGUCUAAAGUAAUGCCUUAA